CAAGGUCAUAAUAGCUGGAUGUUUACACUUUCGGUUUUGACAGUGACUUUAUUUUUUGUCAGUAACUCCUCAGAUACUGGCUGAACCGAAAUCAUGAAGACAGUUCUACUUCUCGUCGUUUUACUCUCCUUUAUGGACAGUUUACUGGCUGUUUUCGCCCCUCCUAGUGUUCAGUUGUACAGCCGCACACCAGGACAGCUGGGGGUGACCAACAUUCUGAUCUGUCAUGCGAGUGGCUUCUACCCUCCAGAAAUCACCAUCAAGGUGCUGAAGAACGGAGCGGAACUCCCUAAUAGCAAACAGACAGACCUGGCCUUUGAAGAAAACUGGCAGUACCACAUGACCAAAAGUGUGAUUUUCACCCCCAAGAGCGGUGAGGAUUACACCUGCAAAGUGACUCACCUGGGGAAAACCACGACAUACGUGUGGGUGCCAGAUAUCAUGUAGAUUCUACUUUGGAACCUUUUGAAAGGCCUACCUUGGAAUUAUUGUGGAAUUUAUUGGGACACUUACAUCAGGAACUGAGAGGAACACAUUUCCCCCCCUCCAUGCUGUUGUACUUCAUGAAUGUUUCUGUAUCAGAUGUAAGAUCGGUUCAGGACUUUAACAUUUUAUUUCACGUCAUUCAUUCCAAGGAACAUUGUAUAUCCAGUCAUACAGCACUUUCUUUCUUGCAUGUUCGUUCAUAAUGUGUGAACUGUACUUCAAGGGGGGGGAGCUUGGUUUUAAAAUCCUUAAUAUAUGGGGGCUUUUUUUCCGUGUUGCCCACCUUUAAAAAUAAAAAAAAUGUUAAUGUGAAAUUUUGACAGCCAGUCAUGAAGCAUUUUAAACUUUGACAUUACAGAGAUGCUUUUUACCACACACACACUUUUAAAUAAAGUAUAGUUUUAAAUUUGGAGUAGUAUAGUUUUAAAUUUGGAGUAUUUUGAAAUCUGGUAUAAUUGGUUAUUUGUGCUUCUUUAGGUAAGUGUAUUUUCAUCAAGAUGAGGCCAAACAAGUCUGAAUUUACACGCACUGUAAUGGCUUUUAGAAACACAACCCACACUGUAUUUUAAUUUUUUUUUUAUGCCAAACAUAUUGAUAUAGACAUAAUUCUGUACAAUUUUCUUUCAAAUGUGCAAAUUGCCAAACAUUAUGCUGCACAAAGCACUAAUACAGUACUCUGAAUGUCAAAUACCCUAGCAUAUGUCACUUAUGCAGAUGGAGCAAAUGUAAUCUUUGAGUUUUUGGAUCAGCUGUGUUGAGUUGCAUUUUUCUAUGUGAAGUAUGAUUCAUUCAAGUGCUGCAAACAUGUUAAUCUGUUGUGUUGAUCAACUUGUUCUUGGCGUUUGCUAUUUUAUAGAACAAUUUAUUAAACAAGUCAAUUAUGGAGCCACACUGGUGAUGAAUGUCAGGCUAAUUUGUUUGGAAAUAUGCAGCAAUAAAUAUCUAAUGAAAUGAC